AUUUUACUGAUUAGUUCACAUUUUAAUUCGUAAAACCACAUAGAAACAGCUGCUACAAUAAACCAGCGAAGAAGAGGGUCACCUACGUCGCAGUGACGUAGCGCGUAUGAGGAAGUGAAUUGAAAACACGUUAGCUGAAGCGCCUAGCACAACGUUAGCUUACGUCGUUUAUGAACAACUCUGACGGCGAUUACUGCGUAAAACUGAUUUAACCGUUAAACAACAACACUGUGCGAAACCUCCGCUGACACAUUUACGUACCAUUAUUUCCGCAGUGGAUGGUGGAGCGAGCCGGGAACGCGAGCAAAGCUGCAGCCGUGAAGGAAGACAUGUGCGCCGGCUACCACACUCCCGUUUACUCCCACGCCGGACGGGGACACUUCCAGGAGGUUUACGAGCCCGCGGAGGACUCGUUCCUUCUGAUGGACGCGCUGGAGAAAGACGCACGGCGGCUGCAGACGAUCAGCCCGGCUGUGUGUGUGGAGGUCGGCAGCGGCUCUGGAGCGGUGUCCGCCUUCCUGGCGUCGGUGGUUGGACCCUCAGCGUUAUACAUUUGCACUGAUGUGAAUCCUGCAGCCGCGCAGUGCACAGAGAACACGGCCUCCUGCAACAGCGUGUCACUACAACCCGUCAUCACAGACCUGGUGGAGUGUCUGCUGCCCCGGCUGAGUGGCAAAGUGGACGUCCUCCUCUUCAAUCCUCCCUACGUGGUGACGCCAUCAGAGGAGGUGGGCAGCAGAGGUAUCGAGGCCGCCUGGGCAGGUGGGACGCGAGGCCGAGAAGUAACGGACAGAUUUCUCCCCUUGGUGACGGAGCUGCUGUCCACUACAGGGUUGUUUUACCUCAUUACCAUCGCCGAGAAUGAUCCAGAGGACAUCAUUAACUUCCUGGGGAAACGUGGCUUGCAGGGAGAGUCGCGCUUGACCACAAGAGCUGGAAACGAGAGACUGUCAGUGCUUCGCUUCCACCGGAGACAAACGUGAGAGGAAGAAUUCUGAGACUGGACAGAUGAAGACUGAGUGGAAGGUGCUUCUGCUGUAAACAUGCUGACAUGACAUCUGUAUGCAACACUGUAACAGACACUUUAAUAAUGACAGACAAGAAUUCAUUACACCGACAGCGUUACAAGCUAAUUCCAGUAUAUAUUACAAUCGUAACAUUUCUUAAAAGUUUAUAUUGGAAUGUCUUUUUUUUUUCAUUUCAAGUACAAUGCUUCAGUCAAAGUUGAAAUGCUACUUUUAUCUAAGAAUGUCAUCUCAACUGAACCCAACAAGGCAAAGGACAGUUUGAAGUGGAGGAAAUUAAAGUUAGGACUGUAAACUUUUCAAUUUCUUUCCCACUUGUUUGUACAAUAAAGUUUGAGUUUUACAGAA